GAGCAGCGCUGCGCAGAGCUGAACGCGGAGGUGUUGAAGCUAGUGGGCGUCGCGAACACGGAGACGGGGCUCGCGCCGGUGGGCCAGUGGGAUCUGAAGACGGACAAAAAGAUCAUUGAAGAGGAGUACGGACUGUUGAUCGGCGAGUGCACGUCGCUGAUCGAGACGCAGAGCGCGGAGCCGAAAGUCGUCGUGAACCUGCGCAACAUGGCGAAGUACUUGGUCGGCAUCGGAAAAGACGUGCGGCUCGAAGAGCUAGAGGAAGGCCGGCGGGUGGGGCUCGAGCGGAGCAAGUACCAAGUGAUGCGCGUGUUUUCGCAGCACUUGGACACUGAGGUGUCGCGCAUGGUGGUGGAAGAGCGGCCGGACACCACGUACAACGACAUCGGCGGCUGCCGCGAGCAGAUCGAGAAGCUGCGCGAGGUGGUCGAGCUGCCGUUGCUGAGCCCGGAGCGGUUCAUCGAGCUGGGGAUCGACCCGCCGAAAGGCGUGUUGUUCUACGGGCCGCCGGGCACGGGCAAGACGCUCGCGGCGCGCGCGGUGGCGAACCACACGGACAGUUGCUUCAUUUGCGUGAUCGGCAGCGAGUUGGUGCAGCGCUACUUGGGCGAGGGCGCGCGGAUGGUCCGCGAACUGUUCGCGCUCGCGCGGUCGAAGAAGUCCUGCAUUUUGUUCAUCGACGAGGUCGACGCGAUCGGGCUCUCGCGCGGGAGCGAGGGCACCGACGCGGGCGGGAACGGCGUGCAGCGAACGAUGCUCGAGAUCGUGAGCCAGCUGGACGGGUUCAGCUCGCGCGGGAACAUCAAGAUUUUGAUGGCGACGAACCGCCGCGACACGCUGGACCCGGCGCUCACGCGGCCGGGGCGCAUCGACCGCAAGAUCGAGUUCGGGCUGCCGGACCUCGACGGGCGCACCGCGAUCUUCCGCAUCAACGCGCGCAAGAUCGAGGUGGAUCCGAACAUCCGCUACGAGUUGCUAGCGCGGCUGUGCCCGAACUGCACCGGCGCGGACAUUCGCUCGGUGUGCACCGAGGCGGGCAUGUUCGCGAUCCGCGAACGGCGCAAGGUGAUUCUCGAGCGCGACAUGCUGCAGGCAAUCAACAAGGUGGUCAAAGGAUACAAAAAGUUCAGCGCGAGCCCGACCUACAUGUUCUACAACUAG